AUGUCUGUCUACGACGUCAAGGGCAAGAAUGCCAUUGUUACUGGCGCAGGCUCUGGUAUCUGCCUUGCAUUCGCCAAGCAGCUUCUUGAAAAUGGGUGCUCCGUUGUGAUAGCUGAUCUCAAGCUCCGCCCUGAAGCAGUGGAGCUCGUCAACAAACGGGCGACCACUAAAGGCGGCAAGCCAACCGUUCACUUUUACAAGACCGAUAUUAGCGAUUGGGCCCAGAUUUCAUCUUUAUGGGACGCAGCGCUUGAGAAGUUUGGCCAAAUCGACAUCGUCUGUAAUGGCGCUGGCAUUUACGAACCCCCAUCAAGCACCUUCUGGAACCCUCCCGGAGUCUCAUCUCUGUCUGAAGAUAAAGCUGAUGGCAAUCCGGGUGUGUACAAGACUUUCGCUGUGAAUGCACUAGGUCCUAUCAGAUUGGCACAGAUUGCUAUGGACUAUUGGCUACAGAACCGCAACGUGCAAGGGAACCUCCUUUGGGUCGCCAGCUGUGGAGGUUACCUACACUCCCUCCAAACACCGCUUUACUUCGCUAGCAAAGCAGCCAUUGUUAGUUUCGUAAAGUCGUUGUCAACGGUACGCAAGCGAUUCGGCAUUCGGAAUGCCGCCGUUUGUCCAGGUGCCGUACACACGCCCAUAUUUCACCCAGAAUACUGUCGUGACAGAAUGCCACCAGAGACUCUAGGACUCACCGCAGAACAAUGCGCCAACGUCAUGUUUCAGGUUCUCACUGAACCGAAAUACGGCGAUGGAAACAUCGUUGAGACGAUGCUCAUCGGGAACAGAGAGAGUAAUUCGGUCAAUGUGCGGGAAGUUCCUAUGGAAGCGCUAUAUCCUACUGUGGUCGCUGAGGGAUCGCAUGAUGGUCUUUAUGAAGGGGAAGAGAAGUUGGCGAAACAGCUUGCGGAGAAGGGAAUGAGAGAAUGA